UUAGCCAGUUGAUUGGCAACGAGUGGAGCACGAGCGAGACAAGUGAUUAAAAAAUGGCAUCCGCGCCGACGUCGCACAAUGAGGUUUCACAGGAAUUUUGUGUCAACAAACUUAUACGUGUCGGUUAUUAUGAGUUGGAAAAAACUAUCGGCAAGGGAAAUUUUGCCGUAGUUAAAAUGGCCACCCAUGUUGUAACAAAAUCUAAGGUUGCUAUAAAGAUAAUAGAUAAAACUAAACUAAACGAAGAAAAUUUAGCAAAAAUCUUUCGAGAAGUGCAUAUAAUGAAAAGGUUACGACAUCCACAUAUCAUAAGACUGUAUCAAGUGAUGGAAACAGAAAAAAUGAUAUAUUUAGUGACAGAAUAUGCUCCUGGAGGUGAAAUAUUUGAUCAUCUUGUUCGAAAUGGUAGAAUGCCAGAACCAGAAGCACGAAGAAUUUUUCAUCAGAUUGUACUUGCAGUUCGUUAUUUACAUCAACAAAGAGUGGUUCAUCGAGAUCUUAAGGCUGAAAACUUAUUACUUGAUGCAGACAAUAACAUAAAACUUGCUGACUUUGGAUUUAGUAAUGAAUACACACCUGGUGUUCCACUCAGUACAUGGUGUGGUUCACCACCAUAUGCUGCACCUGAGAUUUUUGAGGGAAAGCAUUAUGAUGGUCCAAGAGCUGAUGUAUGGAGCCUUGGUGUUGUCUUAUAUGUAUUAGUUUGUGGUGCUCUACCAUUUGAUGGACCUACGAUGCAAUUAUUACGAUCUGUAGUUAUCUCAGGCAAAUUCAGAAUACCAUUUUUUAUGUCUGCAGAUUGUGAAAAGUUAAUUAGGCACAUGUUGGUGGUAGAACCAGAGCGGCGUUUAAGUAUUUCACAAAUCUUAGGUCAUUCAUGGAUGAAUGGAGAUGGAAUAGCGGAGUUAGAACCUGGAGGAUGUAAUUCUGAUGUGAGCGUACCACCACAAUUAAACCAAUUAGUAAUAGAGAAUAUGCUAAGAUUACCUGGACUCAGCGCAGAUACAUUAUUACAAGCCAUUAAUGGGAAUGCUUUUGAUCAUGUAUCAGCUAUAUACAACUUACUUGUUGACCGAUUAGAACCAACAAUGCCUAAUUUACCCAGUAUUCAAAGUAUACCAGGUGAUUAUUUACCAGAUGGUGCACAUCAGUUGGAGAAGUUUGGCGAAGCUGAAGCAGAAACGGAAGAAAGAAGUAGUCUUUACUUACCACCUGGAACACCGUAUCAUACAACAAGAAGACAUACAGUUGGACCUGGUGAUGCAGCACAUCAGCCUCCUACAUCAUAUCCUUAUAAUCAUAUGUCUGGAUAUCAAACUUUACGGCCUCUUCCUAUUCCUCAUUGUAACAUGGAUCCACAAGUUUUGCCACAUACAAAUUUACCGUUGAAUCUUCCAUUAGUUCAACAUCAACCGCCUCAAAAUUUCCAAAUAAAAGAUCAGCAUUUAUUGAAACCACCUCCUGUAAUGGGUGCGACUGGAGGCUUUGGUAGAAGAGCUUCAGAUGGUGGAGCAAAUCUUCAUAUAUUUCAUCAACAACAUAAUAAUAUUAAUAACGAUGAAGAUAGCGGCUGGAGUCAACCCGGCAGUAGAGAACAAUUGCAAUCUUUGCAGAGUGGUAGUUCAGGACUAGUACAAUGUGCUCAGUCGUUAAGCGUUGGUGUCAGUAACGCGAGUGGAGAUGGCAACAGUAACAAUAGCAGCAGUAGUAGUGGGAAUAGCGACAGAAGAAGAAGGAGUGGUCUUAGCACUGUUAUGCAGCGGCCAGUUAUAAACCAAGAACUGGUAAUGGAGGUAGAAGCUAGGAUGAAUAGAGCUUAUCUACCGUCACGGCUGUUACCAACUCACCUUAGGGGACCACCACAGUUUCCACACCACAGGAAAACUUCAUUAUAUCAUACUAGUACUGUAAGCAAUAGGGAUUCGUAUAAGGAGCCUAGCAGCCAUGUUGCUACUGAAAGAUACUCACCUGUACGCCGAGCAUCGGAAGGAUCGGGUGCACCUGGACCAGCUAUCCAAGCUAUUCAACAAGAAUAUCAACAGUUACAAAGAUUAGCAUCUCCUUCACAUAGUCCUGCAAGUAUUCCUGGAUCUCCUGUACAUGAAAGAGGUGUAGCAGCAAUUACACAAGGUUUAAGUGGUUUAACUACGACGCCGGGUAGUAUCGUACAUGGUACACCAGCUCAGCCACCAGCGACACCAUUAGAUUUAAGUCCACUUAGGCAUCAUAGAUCACCUGCUACUACUCCCGUAAGUUACUCCCCCAGUAAUAGUCCAGCAUUGGAUAUGAUACAAGAAGAACAUCCUGUAGAAAUACCAAGGGUACCACCACAAAUUUCAGUGACAGAUGUUCUUGGAGGACAAGUGACGUUAAUUAGUUGUUCACCUUCCCCAUCUCCAUCACCUGAUUCACUCGAAGAUGCAUUGCCUCAUUACAACACUCUUCCGAGUUUUAUUAUUUCAGAACCGUGUGAUCCUUCGAGACCUAGUAUCACACGUGGUAUUGGUAGACCACUUAAUACAAUACCUACUGAAGUUGAAGUUACUUUGUCCGACGAAUCGAGUAGAUUAAAUUCUGAAGCUAUAUUAGGACGUGUCAAACAAAUAAUAGAUGCAAGAGCGCCACCAAAAGGUUUCAUAUUCUCAAGAGAAGAAGUGGAAGGCAGUGGACUUAGUUUAGAAUAUCCAGGUGGUGUACAAAUUGAACUUAGAGUAUGCGAAUCGGAAGAAAGAGAAGUAAAGGGAAUAAAAAUGCGCAGGAUUAGCGGGGACCAAUUGCAAUACAGUCAACUUUGUCAGCAGUUGAUUUCAUGUAUUACUGUUUGACGACAACCAGCAUAUAAUAUAACACUAUUUUAUACAUUACGUUUUACACACAUUCCUAGUGUAACAUACACCGUUCAUCACAGUAUUGCAUAUACAUGCUGUAUACACGCAAACGGUAUUUUAAAAUUACCAUCCUUCAUAUUAUCACAUUCAUAUGUGUAACACAUUUAAUGUACUCUACAUCUUUUUUAAUAUUUACUUUGAAAGAAGUAAAAUAAUAAGAGCCAUUUCUUGUUUAUAACAUAAAGUUAUAAGUAUGAAUAUAUUAAUAUAUUCGUAUCUUCUAAAAAUAUCUAUUGUAUACAUGUUUAAUAAUCCUCAAUAACGUCGUAGUACGUUUCAUUUUCUUUGUUUUUGCUUAAUGCAAAUAUUAAGCGCCACAAAGAAAAUUUUCAAUAAAAAUUUGGUAUUAAUGUACAAGGUAUUCCGCGAUGAAACCGAUAAAUUUCACCAGCAUGUUCAGGAGAUAAUCCUAAGAAAAAUGUGAAAAAGCAGAAAAGAUUAUAUAUAAACCGUGAAUCGAUUUUCGGCUCCGUUAUCAAGAUAUGGGAAUUUUAUUAGUAAAAGCUACAAAUAGUUUGGCAUAUUCAAGUUCUUUGAUUUAAUAUUUGUUUAAAUGUUAGUUUUAUAUUAAUAUUACUUUCACGGAUACUAUUUAAAAUGGCCACCUGUGACAUUUAUACAAGUGACUAAUCAUAUUUUUAUUGACUAUACUUAUUAAAUAUUCAUAAGUUUAUUACUGAUGCUAACAACAGAGCUUCAAUUAUAUACUUUGUAUCAACUAUCCAGAAUUUGUCAGCGGUUUGAGGACAGAUUGGCGACAUAUCGAGCAGAAUCUACUGACAGAUCCGUAGUCAUUUGUGUCCGUAAUCUGCUGUUAUUCUUGACAGAGCUUGCUGAUAAAAUCUGACGGCAGAUUGGCGGCAGAAAGCACGUAGAUCUUGCUGACAGAUUAUGUCAGCAGGUUCUGUACGCUUUUUGCUAUCAGUUUGUCAACAGGCAUGCUCGCUUUUUGACGACUAUUUGUCGUCAGGUUCUAUUAGCAGACUCUGUAGCAUUACUGACAUCACUCUACAGAUAUCAUCUGUGAAAUAGAUUCUAGAAUAAAUAACAGAUCUAAUCUAAUAACAAAUUCUAGAUUCAGAUUCUGUGUGCAAUCUGUAGUCUUUCUGCUAAUAAACGUUGCUAAUAUAUUCUACUCAAAAUCUGCUUUUGCAGGUUUGAUUAUCUAACCAGGGAACAUUGCAAACCCGAACUCUUUGAU